CUUCAGACACCACUCUCUAGCUCGUCUGUUUCCAGAUACACCACCUUCAAGGAACGAAAAGAUAUGUCGACGGAUUCGUACGAAGAUGCCAUUAAAAAACUUGGAGAGCUUCUCACCAAGAAAUCGGAUCUAGGUAACGUCGCAGCCGCAAAGAUCAAGCAGUUAACUAGUGAGCUAGAGGAACUUGAUUCCAGCAAGAUAGAUUCUGUAGAAAAGAUCAAGUCUGGAUUUAACCAUUUCAAGACUCAUAAUUAUGAGAAGAACCCUUCGUUGUACAGUGCACUUGCCAAGAGCCAGAGCCCCAAGUUUCUGGUGUUUGCUUGUGCGGACUCUCGAGUUUGCCCAUCUCACGUCUUGAAUUUCCAACUUGGGGAAGCUUUUAUCGUUAGAAACAUUGCAAACAUGGUGCCACCUUAUGACAAGGCAAAACACUGUAAUGUUGGUGCCGCCCUUGAAUAUCCAGUCACAGUCCUCAAUGUGGAGAACAUUCUGGUGAUUGGUCACAGCUGUUGUGGUGGAAUAAAGGGACUCAUGGCCAUUGAAGAUGAUGCGGCUCCCUAUAAGAGUGAAUUCAUAGAAGAUUGGAUCCAGAUAUGUGCACCGGCCAAGAACAGGACCAAGCAGGAUUGUAAAGACCUGAGCUUCGACGAUCAGUGCACCAACUGUGAGAAGGAAGCUGUGAACGUGUCGCUGGGGAACCUGUUGUCGUACCCGUUCGUGAGAGAGCGAGUGAUGAAGAACAAGCUCGCUAUAAGAGGAGCUCACUAUGAUUUCGUGAAAGGAACGUUUGAUCUCUGGGAACUUGACUUCAAGACCACCCCUGCUUUUUCCUUGACUUAAAAAGAGUCGUUUUCUCCAUGUUGCUUCUAAGUGUGUUCUCAUCAAUAAUCGUCUUUCUCUCGCUUCAGUUUCUUGUCUCUUUUUCUUUUUUACUCAACUUUAUGUUUCUUGUCCAGUCUCAUCUUUUAUGUUUAAAGAAUAAAUGAACACGAUAUAACCAGCA